GGAUCGGGAUCGGGACCGGUGCGGCCGGAGCCUUCGCUGCUGCGGUUCCUGGUGUGCCCGCUUUCCAGGCGGCCGCUGAGGUACGAAGAAGCUACCAACGAGCUCAUUAACGAGGAGCUGGGCAUUGCGUACCCCAUCAUCGACGGCAUCCCGAACAUGAUUCCGCAGGUGGCCAGGAUGACGCAGAAGGCCCCAGCCGAGGGCUCGGAGCAGCCCUGA